AUGGCUUCACAACCAUCGCCUCCAGAUUCACAAGGACUGGCACAGCGUAAAAGACAAACAUUCUUCUCACCAGAACUUGCCGAGCUGGUCUUUCCGCCGUUUAAAGUUGGAUUCUGGGCUGGAACUGCCGGAGUAUUGGCUGGCGUUGGCGGAGCUAUUGCUAGAGAUACAAACCCAUUCAUCAGUGGCUCCGUCACUGGGAUUCAAUGGUUUACCCUCGGCACCACGUUCUGGUUUUCUAGGAGUCUCGCUAUGCGUGCAUGGGGCAACCAGGAAGUGAUGAAAUCUUCCGAUAGAGUCAUAAUCAGCACAAUCGCCGGGUCAGCUACCGGCGCCGUGUCAGGGCUUUUGCGUGGUCCUACAAAGAUUAUACCAGCCAUGAUCAUGUGGGGGUUAUUGGGUGCUGGAGGGCAAAUGCUGGUACAUCGCCAUGAAGCCAACCAGCUGAAGCCAAAAGUAGAGAACGGCCCCGGAUUCUGGUCGCGCCUGAAUCCGCUAAGGAAGCUCACAGACGAGGAGUACAUGGACAUGAUGAGGGAAAAGAAACUCAAGCUCGACGUCGACAUUUCCUUGAUUGACGACCGGAUUGCAGAACUAAGGGCACUGGAGCACAAGGCGCGGGAAGCGGAGAGCUCGACUUCACCAAAGUAA